GGGCAGUAACCCCCAAAGUAACACCCCUCCGCACCUCAGAGAGAGGUGCAUUUUCUGAAGUGAAGUUAAAUGAUCUACUUGACAAUUUUUGACACUGUACUGUGGUCUUUUUUUAUGUUUCUGAGUUUAACUCACGUACACGUAGCCUGGCCUCAUGAGGCCAGUAAAACAUAUCAGACUACUUGGAAAAUUGGGCUGUCAAAAUACUUCGUAUGACUAAACCCGUUCGCCAGCCAAUCAAGAGAGCCUUGAUACAUUUGAAACCAAUGAGGUACCUGACAGACCAGGGAAGGUUUCACGUCUGCUGGUCCUCCAAUGAAUAUCUUAAGACUGCCCUCACUGACACAUUUGCAGAUCUGCUGUGUGGAAGAUGGAACUACAAGCAGAGAAGAUGCUGAUGUACCUUCUGUACAUUUCCCUGCUCUGGUCUAUGUGUGAACUGUCAGGUGACACCUCCCAGCCUGCUUCUUUCCAAGCAGUGAAACUUGGAGACACAAUUACUAUCAGAUGCCAUUUUGAUCAUUAUGUUUCAGCAAGAGUAAUAGUGUGGUACCAACUGACCACUGGCAGGAGAUUACAACUAGUGGCUUCAACUGAUACGUUGUACAAUCUGACAACAUACGGAGAGAAAUCUCACCAUUGUUCCGUCAACUCUGACAGGAUGGGAAGUCACCUUGUCAUUUCCACGACUACGUCAGAGGACACUGGAACAUACUACUGUGGACGGAUGGAUCUAAAGGGGGUUCAGUUUCAACAAGGGACCUUUCUGAUGAUAAAAGGUGAGAAGAUGGUCAGCGACUCUGUCGUCCAGAAGCCUCAGUCUCAGUCAGUCCAGUCUGGAGACUCUCUGACCCUCAAAUGUUCAGUUCACCCUGGUCAAUGCACGGCAGACCACAUGAGCAUCAUGUGGCUGAAAAACUCUGAUCAUUCUCUUCCUGAACUGAUGUACUCCUCUGGAAAUAAGAGCAGCGCCUGUCAGAACACUAAGAGUGGAGAAACGACCUGUGUGUACGACCUUCCCAUGAGGAACAUCAGCUCUGAUGAUGCUGGAGUUUACUACUGUGUGGUGACUUCAUGUGGACAAGUACUGUUUGGAAAUGGGACCUGGAUUCACAUUCACAGAGAAGAUCCCAAACCGCUUGAUCUGAGCCCAACCGUUGUUGCACUGAUGCUUUCAAACAUCAUCCUUGGGGUGGUGACACUUCUACUUGCGUGGACACUUUGCAAGAACUGCAAGAAAGAACCCAUGACAUCAUCCAGAUCCACCGAUCAAUCUCCAGAGGUUGACCAAACUAGAGAUGCUGUUGUCUACGCAGCAGUCUGUUCUGCUUCCAGAAUCUCCUCCGGCAGAUCAGCUUCGGUGAAACAAAACAGAGACACGAUCAUUUAUUCGGAUGUCAGAUUCCGCCAGCAAGACUGAGAGACCUCAAAGGAAGGACUCGAGAAAGUGGAAACAACUGGACUAUUGUAGAGUAGCAGGCAUAUGCCUGAACAUUCACGAAAACUGUCGUUUCGUUUUGUCGGUGAGCUGUGCAGCAGAUAAGUGAUCACUAAGGAAACUGCAUUAAUGGAGUUAGUCAAUUUAAUGAGGCUGAACUGAUUUUUUUUUUUUUUUGUAUUUAUACUUGUUUAAGAUGUUUGUUUUGUUUUUUUGAAAAAAAAAAUCUUAUUUCUUCAUGAUUUAGUUCUCUUUUUCGUUUCAUAUCAUUUUAUAAACUGCACUGUAUUACUUAUGAAGAACUUUCAAUAAAGACCAAACAAAAACUA